CUUUCACAUCAAACACAGAAGCCUUUUUCUCCGAGAAAAGCCGUUGAACUCUUUCAUUGUUGCCUGUCUGAACAAAGGUGAAGAGGUCGGCAGAAGCGGGUAUGACACGCAGAAAUUUAACGUAAAGUUGAUGGCCAUCGAAGCUGUUCCAUGUAUUGACAACCGAAAUCAUACACCCUGCGAACGGAGCCCACUUGGGGAAGUAAUAAGUGGCCUUGAAGAGGAUUUCUCGGUCCUCUGGCACAAUUUUUCUGUGCAGGUAACCUUCCCUGCAAACGGCAGAGUCACUCCCGAGUACCCAAGAAACAGGGAGCCAAAGGCAUUGGAAACCCAGGCCAGGGGUUGCGCAUGUGAUAAAAUAAGCUACCUGACCAGUCAGGAUGAAGGGAGCCUCGCGGCGAGGGUCUUCCACGUCGGCAGCCCAAGCGAUAUCAUAAAACUUCUGAACCCCUCAAUACCAGAACAAAUUCUCAUGAUAAUUCGAUGUUUCGAUGUUCAUGGUUUAAUUGUUGGAUCCCUAGGGGGCAACCCCCCUAGGAACCCUAGUGCCUGCGGCGCUCUUGGCCUGCGCGCUUUCCUUCAUACAGCUUACGCGUUAUAUCUACUAAUUGGGAAAUUGCUCCUUCCUGGCACAACCACGACACAGCAAAGCGGCAUUUCACGGCUUAACCUGUCCGAAGUUCAUCCGAUCGACCAGUCCCUCGAGUCCAUUUCGACACGGACGAAAACUGGCCGAUCGCUGUGCGGGAAACUUUCGGCACCCUCAAGGUAAUAUAGAAUACAGCCUCUCUACGCCACCUCCGGCUC